AAAAAGGUAACUGAACCAGCUGGAAAUAAACAUAUUACAUAUCAAAGAUGGGUGUGGUGACCAAAGCUCUAGUCUUGCUUAGCAUGAUCGUUUGUCUCACCUCAGUUGCUUAUGCCCUUUCUGGCCAAGCGAUCGUAGCCAACCCGCCUUAUGUUCCAUCAACAUGUUAUGGUUCAACCGAUCAAGGUGUCAUGAUUGCAAAAGAGCAUAUCAGCAUGCUUGCCAAUGGAAAAGCCUGUGGAAGGAGGUACCGAGUUCGUUGCUUAAGUGGAACAAACAAAGCCAUCCGCAACGCAUGCACCGGAAAGACAGUCGAUGUUAAGGUUAUAGGUAGUUGCGAGAAAUGCAGCCAGAAUGAACUUGUACUCUCCCAAGAGGCGUUUGCGAAGAUUGCCCGUCUUGCUCUUGGGAGAGUAAACAUUAACUACGAACAGAUAUGAUGAUACAAAAUAUGGAUAUAAAGAUAGCAAAUAAAGGCGCAUGUUGUGUUAUGAGUUUUAGUAGCAAGAAGUAAAAGGGCAUAUGAAUAAGGGAAACAUGAUAGGUUGUAUUAUCGUGAUAAUAAUCAAAGUAAUAAACUGGUUGCAUUUGGUAAUU